GAUGUAUACAAAGUGAUAGUACUGAUCUUCGAGAUAAAACUGUUCACUUAUAGUUUGCAAGUCUGUAGCCUACACAUGUCUGGUCUGACAGGUAUUAUAAUGCCUAAACUCUGUUUUGCAGGAUUUGAUGUUAAACUUUUUAAUACAAUUCUUUUAGGGUUGUGUUUUAUGGUGCUAUUUUCUGCUGAGCUGGCAACUCUUAAUAUGCAGAAAACAAUUAUAUCGAGUAUUCAUGAUGAGAAUCCAAAUUUCAAUAUGGAAGGAUAUUUCCUGCACGGAGUCACAUACACCAUGUACGCAACGUCGCUCUGGCUGGCUCCCUCCGUAGUCUGCCUCACCGGAGCACGGCUGGGCAUGAUCUUGGCAGGAGCAGGACAUACAUACUACUUGCUAGCCUUCAGCACAGAGAAGGAGUGGGCAAUCUACUUGGGGUCUGUCAUCAUGGGACUCAGUGCUGCGGUGCUGUGGACCGCAGAGAACAAGUACCUCUUGUCAAACUCAACUCCACAGACUCGGUCAAGAAAUAUCAGCAUAUUUUGGUUCUUUUAUAGCUCCUCAGAAUUUUAUGGGAACUUAAUACUGUACUUCCAGCUGGAAGGGAAAAAGUUUAUGGACGCAGGGACUAGACAUCUUCUGAUCUUUGCAAUGGGAGGUUUGUCCUGUGUUGCUCUUGUAAUGUUCCUGUUCCUGCAGCCCGGAGACCGGGAAUCCAAACCAGAGAAAAAACAAAACUCAUGCGAGACCACGGUCAAUGCUUUCAAAAAAACCUGGUCUAUAUUUACAUCGAGAGAAAUGCAGAUACUCUCCAUUGCUUUCUUCUAUGUUGGUUUGUCCCAGGCAUUUACAUUUGGAGUGUACAGCCCCAGUGUGGGGUUCACUUUACAAUUUGGUAACAACGCAAAACAACUUGUGGCUUUCUCUGGCAUAUGUCUUGGCACUGGAGAGAUGAUUUGUGGAGGCUUGCAGGUUAUGCUGAGUAACUCCAUACAGAAACACAGAUACGGGAGGUUUUGUCUUAUGUCGGUUGGCUUCCUGCUCCAUCUCGUCACCUACGUCUGCAUCUACCUCAACUUGCCCAACAAUGCUGUGUUUGGGAACACGUAUGACACUGGUUACAUUGAAAGCAGUGUCCCAUUGGCUAUGGUCUGUAGUCUGAUGCUCGGGCUGGCUGACUGCUGUUUGAACACCCAGGUCUACUCUCUCCUCGCUGCCAUGCAUCCGGACAGUGGUGCUCAGACAUGUGCUCUCUACAAGUUCACCAAGGCAGUGGUGAAAGCAACGAGUUACUACUCAUCCAACCACCUCGGACUCCAUACUCAUCUCCACAUUCUGGUUCCUUCAUCCGUUGCAGGAGUAAUUGCGUAUUACGUGAUAGACAGAAAAGUAGCCAACCGCCACGUAACAGAUUCUGAGUUACAGGAGCUCAAUAAAUGUAACACAGAUACUGGCUCAUAAGCAACAUCACAACAACUCAUACAAAUCAUAUUCAUGUAAAUAAGUAACAUACAAGAAGUCACCUGUUUUAGUUAUAAGUUGUUUGCAACUAAUUCCCAUUUUUGAAGUGGUGCUUUAUGACUACUAAACAUUUUGUGUUGUUCAAAACAUUUCUAUAUUUUAUCCAGUAGUGUUUUUUAUAAGUUAGUAUGAGGUAGGUUAUUUUUAUAUUGAUAUGAGGCAUAUCCGGAAAGUUAACUUGAUAAAAAUUAAUUCAUUACAUAAAUUUUAUAAAAUAAAAUUUAUACAUUUAUUUAUAAAAUUUAUUCAUUAAAUAAAUAAUAAAUUCAUUGAAUAAAAUUCAAUAAAUAAAUAAUUUUUACAUUUAAUCCCGUGUGGUGUAGUAUUGACAAUCUUUCCCACCAAAUUCUACUUCAUCUAAGAGAACAAAUGGUAAUGGCCGAUUGCAAGAAAAUGGCUGUGAUAUGAUUAGUCCAAGAUCUGUUACCCAAAUUGUUCCAAAGUUUCAGUUGUUAUACUGAACUGUGUAGAAACAAGCUUUGGCAUGCAGCUGACACAACUCCUUAGUCAUUAUCCUUCACUGUUUUACUUGUGGUGAAAUAUUUAACCAAAACUUUUCUUUAUCAAUCUCAAUACUACAGCCAAGGUUUUUGAUGUUCAGAAACUUGCUUUGAAAAUUUAUAAAGACACUGUAUGCUUUUAGUGGAAUUGAUUAUAUAUAUAGUCCAGGAGAUGGCAGCCAAUUUGCACUAUAGAAACACAUAAUCCGGUUAUUGAAAUCGAUAAAGGAAUUUCCCGUUAGAAAGAAAUCAAUAAUUUUUACCCUUAAAUCGUAUUUUUCUUAGCUUGAUACCUUUAAAACCAAUAACUGAUAGUUUGUCCCAGUAACUCUGAUAUUACGGUUUCUUAUGCCAUUUAUUGCAUUUUUACUUUCCAAAUAUGUCUUGUAUUUGUUUUUAACAAUUUGGUAUUUAAAUUUUGUUACUUAUGUAUUUAAGAAAAACAAAUUCGUACACAAAAUAUAUUGGUAUUUUAUUAGCCAUCAAACUAACAAAAAAUUUUCAUAUAGCAGAAACAAACAAAAAAGUUAGCCGUUUACUACCAGAGCUAUUUUUAAUUUUCCAACUCCAUUUCCCAAAGUAAUGUACUAAAGUACAUAGUUAUUUUCAAGGUGCUACCCACAAAUGUCAUGUCAAUUUUGCAGUUUGCAAGUUUUCCAUAACAAUUAUAAUUUUUAUUAUUUAUAGAGCAAUAUUAAUAAUAUUUUACUUGUUUCAAAUAAAUAAAACUUGCAAUAAACAAUUCAAACCGAAUUAUCAAACAUAUAUAAUACAAUUACUUGUUUCCACUAUCCUUUGUAAAAAAUUCCAAAAUGUUCCAAAAUUCUUUGUUUUAGAUACAUAAACAAUAGGUAAGUACAUUUUGAUAAUAUUUUAUUGAACUGCAUCUACAAACAGUGCAAUGUUCAUGGAAAAUGUAUGAAAAAUAAAAGAAGUAGUAAUU